CGGGCGGGGUAAGAUGGCGGAACUGGGGAAGAAGUACUGCGUGUACUGCCUGGCCGAGGUGAGCCCGCUGCGCUUCCGCUGCACCGAGUGCGCCGACAUCGAGCUCUGCCCCGAGUGCUUCUCGGCGGGCGCCGAGAUCGGCCCGCACCGCCGAUGGCACGGCUACCAGCUGGUGGACGGCGGCCGCUUCACCCUCUGGGGCGCCGAGGCCGAGGGCGGCUGGAGCAGCCGCGAGGAGCAGCUGCUGCUGGACGCCAUCGAGCAGUUCGGCUUCGGCAACUGGGAGGACAUGGCUGCUCACGUGGGCGCGUCCCGAACGCCUCAGGAGGUGAUGGAGCACUACGUGAGCAUGUACAUCCACGGCAACCUGGGAAAGGCCUGCAUCCCUGACACCAUUCCCAACAGGGUGACGGACCACACGUGUCCCAGCGGCGGCCCGCUGUCCCCCAGCCUGACGACGCCGCUGCCGCCGCUGGACAUCUCGGUGGCGGAGCAGCAGCAGCUGGGCUACAUGCCCCUGCGCGACGACUACGAGAUCGAGUACGACCAGGACGCCGAGACGCUCAUCAGCGGCCUCUCGGUCAACUACGACGACGACGACGUGGAAAUCGAGUUGAAAAGAGCCCACGUGGACAUGUACGUGAGGAAGCUCAAGGAGAGGCAGCGGCGGAAGAACAUUGCGCGAGAUUAUAACUUGGUCCCGGCCUUCCUGGGGAAGGAUAAAAAGGACAAGGAGAAAGCUCCCAAACGGAAGAUCACAAAAGAAGAGAAGGAGUUGAGGCUGAAACUGAGGCCUUUGUACCAGUUCAUGUCUUGUAAGGAGUUUGAAGACUUCUUUGAGAACAUGCACAAGGAGAGGAUACUCCGAGCGAAGAUUCGGGAGCUGCAGCGGUACCGGCGGAAUGGGAUCACCAAAAUGGAGGAGUCGGCAGAGUACGAGGCGGCCCGGCACAAACGGGAGAAGAGGAAGGAGAACAAGAACAUAGCUAGUUCCAAGAGAGGGAAGGAAGAGGGGAAAGAAGGUGAAUUUGCUGCCAUUGAAAACCUGCCUGGCUUUGAACUCUUAUCGGACAGGGAAAAGGUGCUCUGCAGCUCUCUGAACUUGAGUCCUGCGCGUUACGUGACUGUAAAAACUAUCAUCAUUAAAGACCAUCUCCAAAAAAGACAAGGAAUUCCUUCAAAGAGUCGCCUUCCCAGUUACUUAGAUAAGGUACUGAAGAAAAGGAUUUUAAACUUUCUGACAGAAAGCGGUUGGAUAUCCAGGGAUGCUUCAUGAAAUUCAGCCGAUUGAAAAAACACAGCAGAGGCCCAUUACAGCCUCAAGGACUCCGUUAUUUUUUCCUUCCCUCCCCAAAGAUACAGAAACCAUGUCGCUUAAAAACACAAAAGAGCAAAUACAUAAACCUCCACAGUCAUCAUGAUCCGUGGUGGUUUAAGUAGACUUUUACUUUGGAUCAUGGAAAAUACUUAAUUGUGAAACUUUUACAUUGGUUUUCACUGCUUUUGGUACAUUCUUAGAACAGAUUUUUUCAUGUGAACUUACUCAAGUCCGGUAGUCCCAGAGUAGUUGCUUUAGUCCGUACUGUUGGAUAGAUGAAUUUCAGUGUAAUUCUUGCUUUUCUUUGCAGGUAGGAGAUAGUUUCAUUCACUGGAAACUUUCUUCAUCCUUUGUUUUGUUUUGUUUUUUUUUGGCAUAAUGCUGGCAGCAAAGUGAAGCUUACAAAGGUCCUGUGCUCAGGAGCAGGUGAGCAGGGACUUUUGUGACCAGUGCUAAGCUUUUGGAACAUUCUCCUUAGUAACUACAGCCGAGGCGUGGGGACAGCGGGAUGAGAGUUCCUGUCCAGACUACAGCAGGGGUGAGCCGUGGCAGGGAGUGGAAGGAAGGAAGGAAAUGUGGUAGGUGAGAUGCCUGCAGGGACUUGUGCUGUGGAGGGGGGUUCUUGAAGGGCUCCCAGCUAAUCUGGGCAUUGUUUUGACCUGAGUUUCCUGAAACAGACCCUUGUGAAGAGUUGAUGUUUCCUGCUUGGUACUGGAGUGUCAGGAAUCCCCAGCAGCUGUGGUGCUCUGCUCCAGAGGAGGGAUCAGCUACAGCAAGGUACCUGACUUGGGCCAGAAAUGGCAUUUGGGAGAACAGGCAGUGAAGUGUUUGGCAGAAGUUGAGAGCCUCAGGCAGCAAAAUCACUGUUUUUCCUUGUUAGAGGAGCCUGCUGCUCCUCCUUCGGGAUCUUAACUGCUGAGCUCCUAGAGGCUGAGGAGGUGUAGCUAUCUCCUGAAUUUCGUUGGGAAGUCAGGGAAAGGGAAGAGGAUCCUCAAAUAGGGUAUGGUUGCUGAGAUUGGUCUUUAAAAACAAAAAUAAAAAUUUAUGCAGAUUUGGUCAAAAUGCACAAAGCGUUCCUAAAUUUGGAGUGCUUAAUCCAGCCACUGUAGGGUUCUAAUUGCACAUACCUUGAAAGGUACCAGCCCAGGCACAUUGAAUCUGAGUUUGCUGACAGCUAGAAGAGAGUGCACCUUGGGAGGAUCUCCUCCAGUUCUGACAGCUGCUGCCUGGAGUGCUGCUGGGGCCAGGCACCAGCUGGGAUGUGACACAGCAGGAAACACAAAUGCCCAACACACAGUACUGCUCUAGUAAGAUCUAUUGAUUAAGGGAAAGAUGGUGAAGGAGGAUUAGAAAAUUAUUAUUAAACUCAUUUUGUCCUUCAAUUGCCUGCUGGUAUUUAACCAAAUGAAUAAAAACCAGUGGAAAUAGCACAGUUACUUGUGCCUGAGCCUCUCUGCUGGUCGUGUCUGGAGCAGGAAGCUGUGACUGGAGGCAGGCUGGACAGGUCUUGUGGAGUGCAGGUGUACCAAACUUGGAACCUGACUGGCUUCAAUAUGAGUGCAAGAUCUGGAAAUGUCAUCUUGCUGUGAUGCUUUGGGCUGUAGUCAGUGAGGAUACCACAAAAUCUUAAAACAGUAUUAAUUCUGCAGUUUGGCAGAGGUUUUCUGAUCAGAACUGGGUUUCAUUUAAUACAUCCAGCAUUACCAAACUAGUGUUACCAGUGAGUUUAGAAUAAAAGGGGUACAAUUACAAAGCCAGCAUUUCUAAGGAAAAAAACCCCAAACUCUAGUGCCUUUUUCUUUUGAGCUUAUGUUCUGUCCCUUCAAAAAAGGUAAGGGCUAUGUCCUCUGGGAUGUAAUACUUUGUUUGGCUUAUCUGUAAGUGGUUUGUUGUGGCAUACUCGAGACUAAACUGUCUCUUCUUGGCAGCAGUGGAGCUAACUGCAAUGUGCUGAGUAGCUUUAAUGACCACUUCCACCCUGUAUGCAUGUAGAAGCAGCACACAAGUUCGUAAGGUAUAAACCUUUGGUUAUUUUCUCUGUCCUGCUCCUGUGGGAAGGAAGCUCAGUCUUUCUUUUUAGCAUUCUAGUUAUGCAAUUUGGUUCUUCUGUAACUUGUUACUGAACUGCCAGAACAUGCUGUUUUGAAGGCUCAAUUCUGCAUGUAGCUGGGAGUUUAAGAGAAUUGUUUUGGUUUUGGUUCUUCUGGGUUUUUUUCCCGUCAAAUCUGUGAUUUUCAUAUUUCUACACUGUUUUGGCACAUCUAAGUUAAACUGAAGCAAUAGCAUAAAGCCCAUCUGAACAAUAACUUAGGAAAAAAUCUAGGCACCAAUGAGGCAUUUAAAUGUUGAAGUGAAUUCUGCAUUUACACUUUGUAGCUUCUUAAUUCCUCAACCCCUCCAAAAUGUUUCUUUGGUGCUAGAUGUAACUUAUUGAACAUCAAAAUGAAUGUAAAAUAAAAGUAUUUUUAAUGUAUGCAAUAUGGAUAUCAAUAUUUAUUUUGUACUUGCAAGCUAACUCAAGGUGGUAAAUGUUUGCUUUAGCAAAUAUUAGUCCCUUGGAACGGGCUUCCCUAGAAGCAAUGUCUCAUUUUCAGCUAUGCUUUUAAUUUUAAAGGUGACUUGCACUAGAGGAUGCUGCUGUUCCAUAUUUCACAUGGAACUGAUUUAGUCUAAGCAUUCCUUUGUUAUGAGCUGCUGGUUUUCUGUUUGAUUGCUUAUAAACUGAGAUGCAGUUAAUGUUAAUCCAGCAAUUUACUACAGCUAUGCUGCUUCUCUUCUGUGGUGAAGGGGCUGAGAUGGCAAAGAGCUCUUUCAACUUGUUUUUUGUGUUGAUCUGGAAGUGCUUCCUGUACUGUACAAAUAAUCCAGCCUUCAUGUUGCUAAUGACAAGGUGUUUUAUAUGCUUAAUGCUCUUGACUUUUCUAAUUAAAGUUAUUACUAAUGAUAGUAUCUGUCUUAACAGCAUUGAUAUAAGCCUAUGGAAAAGCAACACUCUCUAAGCUGUUGAAAUACUGAUCUUGUGCUCUGGGUGGGGGCUGUGCUGUGUGUCCCACCCCAGUGCUGUGCUGGAGUCCCCAUCUCACCCCGUGUGCCCUGCCCAGCACUGGGCUGGGAUGCUGCAGUGCUGUGGCUCCAGCCCAGCAGGCAGGGAGCACAGUGGCUGCAGGUCUGCACUCCUCUGUGACCAUGAGCUGCCCUGGAGAUCAGCCAGACUGAGCUCUGCCCUGACUCUUGUGCAGCCGCUGCACUCGAUUCCUCUCCAACUGGAACAGGCUUCCUGAACCUUCUGCUUUACUCUUCUCACAAAAUAUUUUUGCCUGUGCCCCAGUCACUCCUAAGUGAUGACACAUUAAAUACUGUGAAGCAAGAUACCCCGUGAGCAUGUUCAGCUCGUCAGCUUCUUUCUUCCUUAAAGGGAAUGUUGCAUUCAUUUGAAGUUUACAUUUGUAGCUGUGCCAGGGACACAAACGCCAGUGCUGAAAUCACACAAAGCAUUUUACUAGAUUUUUGCAUUGUGUAUUGGUAAAUAAACUUGUAUUAAAGUUUCUUUCCAUGACUGAUUUAACAAAAAUGUAACUUGGGCAGUGAGGCAAACGGCUUAAGUCUUUGCAGUAACAAUUGGAGCUGCAUUGCAGCUAAAUGUGAUGGGUGGAAAUGUGUCCAUGAGAUAGCUGGUACUGCUGGUAGCUUUGUUGGGUGCUUAAGUUUCAGAACUACCUUCCUCUCUUCCUUGAACUCUUCAGUGCUCCUUCCUGGGCUAUGGCAGAGUGCAGAGGUGGUUGGAGCUCUCCCUAGACUGACCCACUCCAGCUGAAGCCUUUCUGAGGGCAAGGAAGGGGAACCACUGAAAUGAGAGACUCAGUUACCAGCUUUAAAGAUGACCUUGUGCUGAACAUGAAGAGGAGCUUGUGUUUAAGAACACCCCUAAUGAGUUGUAGUCCAAAAAUGAGUUUGUGUGAAGCACUGGGAAGCUCAUUAACAAAAUCAUCUGCUAGGGACCAAUGUGCCCCUUUGCUUUAACUCUCUGUAACACAAACUUCUACACUAACAACAUUAUUACUACAUUUAGUUUAGAUCCAGAGGGAUUGGGAGGUGACAUAACAACACAUGACAGUUCUUUAAAAGUAUAUAAAAUGGAACCUGGUCCCUUUUUGACAUCAGUUGUGAGAACAGGUCCCAAUCAAAGUGCAGCAAAACCUUCUCUUCACACAACUACAGUGUGCUCUUAAACCCAGAGGGAGGAAAGAUACUUCCAAAUUCAACUUCAGUAUAUGGAAUCCCCUUUUCCCCCCCUCUAUUUUUAAACUUGAUCUUUGCAUUUUUUUUCCCUGUACUUGAUUAGUUUAAAAAUAUAAACAUUGUAGUUGCCUUCACACAUCAAAUAUUACUCUCCUUCCUCUGCCCAGUCGAAGCAUUCUUUGGUAGAGUUGAGAAAGAAUGAAUCCUUAAAUAUGAUUAACAUGACUAACCUCCAAACAGUUUUAUGCACUUAGGCUGCUCCUGGUUAACUGCUUAAUACCCAUGAAGGAAACCAGCACUAGGAAAAAUGUCUUAAGGAAUGAGUAAUGACUUCUCACCAUGAGCAGGUCCAGUGGUCAGUAAGCUCUUGGCAACUCUGUAUCUGAACCAAAUAUUUGAUUAAUGAACUUUAAGGUAAGAAGCUCCUUAAUCCACAAUAACCAGAAAUAUGGUAAAAAAUUCAGAAGUACUUACUUUUUACAGGACUUAGUAACUUCCCUAAUUUGAAGAUUCUGUCCUGUGUGUUAAGUGUGGGCUUUCAGAAUACAAGAGGACAGAUCCUUUGUCAGUUGUGUAAUUUGCCAGGUUCCACCCACUCCUCCCCAGGUGACCAGACAAAUGUCCUUCAGGUCAUCAUGUCUUGUGUGAUGAUGUUUAUGCUGAUUCUGCAGGACUGGGAGCAGCAGAUUGAGUUAGACAUGGCAAGAGCUGCAUGGAGAAAAGGUCUGGUGCAACCUAAUACCCAAGCUGAGUAAAUGUAAGAAAUAAAGAAAAUGAAACUAAGUUCACACUUUUGUUUGAGCCACUUACAUGCAAUUAUUUAUAUAAGUCUAAAAGAAAUCAUAUACCAAAUUCUCAGCAACUCACUUCUUUGGGUGUUCUGGCUCUCAUCAAGAUUGUAACUACAGUUUGCAUAACAAACUGAUUGCAAAGCUAGAAGUUACAAGACUAUAAAAAUUGUUUAAACCAAUUUGUACAACAUUAAAUUAAAAAUCCAAAGAUAGGAUAAAUUCUAUUGGUUCUUCAAUGCCAUACAAGUAUUAGAUGGUUUUCUUGAUUCAAUGUUAGUACAGGACAAAAAGGUUGAACAAUUACAAAGGAUAUCUAAUCUCCAUUGCCAUUUAUUUACAGUUCAAAAUUCACACAGGUUUCAGUUGCAGUUGUUGAGAUUAUUUUUGAAUGGACAAAAGAGGGCAUUUAUGACAUCAGUGUGUAAAAGCUGAUGGGUGCUUGCAGAAGGCAGGUUAUUUGUACUG